AUGGCACACACACUGGGACAUCAUGCUGUUCAUCACAUUGGCGAGUGGCUGAUCCAUGGCGCCCCUGGUGCAUCUAGCACUUGGGAUGAGAUCACGGCCGACUAUGCAGGCGAAGCACGCAAGUGCGUUAAUGAGAUCUUGACAGAGCACCCUUACGUCUACUUUGACUUUACAGACGUGUCUCGCGGCAUCAGCAAAUGGAUUACGAUUGGCGAUGAAGAUGAGCUACGCAUCCGAUACGGAAAGGAUUCCUCCAACACGGAGGUGCUACUCAUCCAGGGCGAAUAUUUUGAGGACAUUAAGCGCAUCUCCGCUACAUACAAGGUGGUUAGGGAAAUGACGGGAUACAACUGCAAAACAUAUCAGUUUAAACGUGGAGAAUUUGUGAGUACCGAAAGGGAGUAG